AUGGAUCUGCCAACUGCUCCCAACAACACUGUUCCCCUUAUCGUCACAACAGCUGCAGAUGACGACAAGGCUGUUCUCGCUCAUGCCAACAACGACAACUCCAUGAAUUAUAUGCAGCCCGUCUCCAAACUGGACAUGGAACCCAACCCCUUUGAGCAGAGCUUCUCCGACCUAACCCCAGAAAAGGCUGGACCUCCCUCUGGCAACUCGGCACCAGCGCCAGAGGCACCCAAACCAACUUUGCCACCUAUCGCUUCAAUGUCUGGCCGUCUCGCACCUAACAACGAACAAUAUGGAUGGGAGGCCCAAUCGCUCCGUAUGGGCCCUCUGUCACCCUCUAUGCUGGAAGGCCCUCAGGAUCCUAUCCCCGUUGGAUCUUAUCCCGCCACAACCGCCGCCAUCUCGACCAUCUAUACUUCUGGAGCCCCCAUGGCAGAGAACGGAUAUGCCUAUGCUGGCAUGCCAGGCUCAGUUGCUCCUCCUGCAGGCCCUGUUCAGACGGCGGAACCAUACCCACCAGCAAUCUACAAUCAGACUGCUCAGGCGCCACGACAGCCUCAGCCAUUUCCCCAUAUGAAUGGCCAGGCACCUAUGAACGACCGAUAUAUCCCUCCUCAAGGCGUACCGCAUCCCGACAACGUCCAUGGUUACAACAGCAUGCAGAACUUGACACAGGCACAGGCCGCUGCACAGAGGGAGAUGUGGGUCAAGCGCGAGAGUAUCGAUGCCAACGGAUACUUUCCAGGACAGCCCCAACAGCAACAGCAGCACCAUGCUGCACAGAACGGACAGAAUGCCUCUGGAAUGGUUGGCACCCAGGGUCGCGACUCUCGUCCAAGCCGUAUGACUUCAGAGGACAGCGACGACUCUCAAUUCUCGAGACAGUCUAGCGUCAGUGGCGAACCAGGCAACAAUGGCAAGAACGGCGGCUCAAACGGAAACAAGAAGCGUCCUGCCGCUGAGGACAAGAUGGACGAAGAAGAGAAGCGCAAGAACUUUUUGGAGCGCAAUCGUCAAGCUGCGUUGAAGUGUCGCCAGCGUAAGAAGCAGUGGCUUUCCAACUUGCAGGCCAAGGUGGAGUACCUGACAACGGACAACGAGCACCUGCAGACUCAGACAGCUUCACUCCGGGACGAGAUUAUUCACCUGAAGGCCUUGCUCCUGGCCCACAAGGAAUGCCCUGUUGCUCAGGCCAACGGUGUUUAUGCACAUACGAUUGGAGUUGCCAACAACCACAGCGGUGGAAUGAUGCCUCCCACCAUGCAAGGACAGGCAAGUCAGCAGCAGCAGCAGCAGAGAGGAGUUGGACAGCGUGGAGGAUCUAUGCCCCAACCAGCCCAGCAGAUGCAGGCUGGUGGUGCCAGGGUCGCCAUCUCUUCAGCCUCUGGCGGGCCUGCAGUGUCAACGGCAACCAGUCAGGGCCAGUCCAUCCGAUAUUAA